CCAUCACUCCACGAUCUCUCUCUAGAUUUUAUAUAACCGAAAGACCUCAACACAAAGUUUUGUAAAACUCGACCACAAUCACAAACCUUAUCUUCUUCUUAGUCAUCGUCCAUCUCUCAAAACAAUGCUAUCUUUCUUCUCCGACCAGAUCGACAAGCACAAAGCUGUGUCUGAAGAGGAGAAAACCAUAAACGAUCUCGAGCAAUCCGAAGGGUCACACUUCCCUGGCGAUGACUACCGUCCGUCCGAUCGGAAAAACUGGAUGGCCGGUCUAGACGUGGAGAAGCUAACUCUCAGCAAGAUCGUGUGGCCAGGGACUCACGACUCAGCCACCAACGACAUCGGUAUCCCUCUGGUCUCUCGUCCCUUAGCUGAGUGCCAAACGCUCUCCAUCUACGACCAGCUCGUUCUUGGAACACGUGUUCUCGACAUCCGUGUCCAAGAGGAUCGCCAUAUCUGCCACGGGAUCUUGACGUCAUACAACGUGGACGCCGUCAUCGACGACGUCAUCAGAUUCUUGUCGGAGACUCACUCCGAGAUCAUUAUCCUUGAGAUGAGGACCGAGUACGGACACAAAGACCCUCCAGAGUUCGAGACUUACUUGGCUGACAAGUUAGGUCAGUUCUUGAUACAACAAGAUGAUAACUUGUUCAACAAGUCUGUAUCCGAGAUCUUGCCCAAAAGGGUUAUCUGCAUCUGGAAACCUAGAGAGUCUCCAAAGCCGAACCGCGGUGGACUGUUAUGGAACUCAGACUAUCUUAAAGAUAACUGGAUCGAUACCGAUCUUCCAUGGACGAAGUUUCAGAGCAACUUGAAGCAUCUGAGUGAGCAGCAACCUAUAUCUUCUAGAAAAUAUUUUUACCGUGUUGAGAAUACUGUUACACCUCAAGCAGAUAACCCGGUUGUUUGGGUUAAACCGGUGACCGAUCGGAUCCGAAAGUACGCGAGGCUGUUCAUAUCUCAGUGUGUUGCCAAGGGGUGUGGAGAUAAGUUGCAGAUUCUGUCGACGGAUCUCAUUGAAGAAGACUUUGUUGAUGCUUGUGUUGGAUUCACUCACGCAAGAAUUGAAGGGAAAGUUUGAUACAACUCUACAUCAGCACUGGAACUAAGAUUAUUUUCGUUUGGGUUACGUGUCUUAAGUUACGCUACUUUAUAAAGUGUUAAGUGUGUAUCCUUUGAAAGUUCCUCAUAUCGUAAGAGUUUCUUUUCUUGCAAAAGAACGAAACAUGAUCGCUAUUGCUGAUUUAUUUAUUGAAUAAAUAGGUCGGAUAUUAGUUGAUCGACCAUCACCUACCAGUUUAUUAUUUCAUCGAUA